UUUGCCGUCGGGACGCUUAUACGAACGACUUUGCCACCACUGAAAGGCGGCUCAGCACGCGGGUUUCAACACUGAAAUUUUCGACGGUCAGUGCAUCGACGAACAAAAAAGAGAAUCUUUAAAGAUGUCUUCUUCCGUGGCGAGGACUUCCAAAUAUUCAUAUCGUUCCAGUGGAGCGGCUGGUGGUGCUGCUGACGUCAGUAUCGAGUACAGCGCUGAUCUGACAGCCCUUUCUAGGCUCGAGGAUAAAAUUCGUCUUCUUCAAGAUGAUCUCGAAAUCGAAAGAGAACUUAGAUCCAGAAUUGAACGAGAAAAAGCAGAUUUGAGUGUCCAAGUUAUUCAGUUAUCCGAACGUUUAGAAGAAGCAGAAGGAGGAGCUGAGAGUCAGUUUGAAAUCAACAAAAAACGUGACACAGAAUUGCUGAAACUUCGUAAGCUCUUAGAAGAUGUCCACAUAGAAUCCGAGGAAACUGCAGCUAUUUUGAAAAGGAAACACCAAGAAAUUGUUGUAGACUUCCAGGAACAAAUUGAUUCAUUAGCCAAAGCUAAAUCAAGAGCGGAGAAGGAAAAAAGCAAAUUCCAAAGUGAAGUUUACGAACUUCUUUCUCAAGUAGAAAGCCUGAACAAGGAACGUUUAAUAUCUGUCAAACACGUAGAAAAAUUAGAAAUUACUAUCUCUGAACUCAAUAUUAGAAUCGAAGAACUGAACCGCACUAUCGUCGAUAUCACCUCUCACAAAACCCGUCUCUCCCAAGAAAAUAUCGAACUAACCAAAGAAGUUCAAGACAUCAAGGUCAAUCUCGAGAACGCCAUCUACUUGAAAUCGCAACUUGCUGGCCAACUAGAAGAUGCUCGCCGUCGUGCUGAAGACGACGAAAGAAGGCGUUCCAUUCUGGAAGCCAAUUUGCACCAGGUUGAAGUGGAACUUGAAUCUGUAAGAGUUCAACUUGAAGAAGAAAGUGAAGCCCGUCUUGAUCUAGAACGACAACUAGUAAAAUCCCAAGGAGAAGUGCAAAUAUGGAGAUCGAAAUACGAAACCGAAGCUGCUGCUCGUGCCGAAGAAGUGGAAGAGCUUCGUCGCAAAUACAGCAUCAGGAUUCAGGAACUGGAGGAACACAUCGAAGCUCUUUCCGUCAAAGUCAACAACUUGGAGAAACAGAAAUCUCGUCUCCAAUCUGAGGUAGAAGUUCUGAUCAUCGACUUGGAAAAGGCUAACAAUACUGCUAGAGAAUUGCAGAAACGUGUAGAACAAGUAGAAAGGAUCAACAUUGAUCUGAAAACUCGUCUUGAUGAAACCGUUCAAUUGUACGAGCAAAGCCAACGUGACCUUCGCAACAAAGUUACUGAACUGCAAAGAACUGUUCAUGAGCUGGAUAAGACUAGGGAACAAAAAGAUCAACUUGCACGCGAGAACAAAAAAUUGGCAGAUGAUCUCUCUGAUGCCAAGAACACCAUCAGCGAAUUCACUCGCCGCAUUCACGAAAUGGAUUUGGAACUUCGUCGUUUGGAAAAUGAGCGCGAAGAACUUACCGCUGCCUACAAAGAAGCAGAAGCUGGACGUAAAGCAGAAGAACAGCGUGGACAACGUCUCUCUGCUGAGCUGGCUCAAUUCCGCCACGAAGCUGAAAAACGUCUCCAAGAAAAAGAUGAAGAAAUUGAAGCUAUUCGUAAAGCCACCAGUAUUGAAAUUGAACAGCUCAAUGCCCGUGUUGUUGAAGCCGAAACUAGGCUCAAGACUGAAGUUACUCGCAUCAAGAAGAAGUUGCAAAUCCAAAUUACUGAACUUGAAAUGUCACUGGACAGUGCUAACAAGAUCAAUAUUGACCUUCAGAAGACCAUCAAGAAACAAUCCUUCCAGCUCACCGAAAUCCAAGCUCACUAUGACGACGUUCAACGACAACUCCAUGUCACAUUGGACCAACUCGCUGUGGCUCAAAGAAGAGUCCAAGCUCUCACUGCUGAAACCGAAGAAAUCAGGAGCAAUUACGAAUCUGCUCUCCGUGGAAAGAGACAAGCUGAACAAAUGUACGAGGAAGCCGGAACUCGCAUCAACGAACUUACGACAAUCAAUGUUAAUCUUUCCUCAUCUAAGAGUAAAAUUGAACAAGAACUUUCCGUUGUGGUUGCUGACUACGAUGAAAUCACUAAGGAACUUCGUAUUUCCGAUGAACGUUACCAACGUGUACAGGCUGAGUUGAAACACACAGUGGAAAUCCUCCAUGAAGAACAAGAAAGAGUUGUGAAGAUUGAAGCUAUCAAGAAGAGUUUGGAAAUUGAGGUGAAGAACUUGUCCGUCCGUCUUGAAGAAGUCGAAGCAAAUGCCAUCGUCGGUGGUAAACGAAUCAUCAGCAAACUGGAAUCUCGUAUUCGUGACAUCGAAUCAGAAUUAGAUGAAGAGAAGAGACGUCAUGCUGAAACCAUAAAGAUUUUGAGGAAGAAGGAACGCACUGUUAAGGAAGUAAUGAUUCAGUGUGAGGAAGACCAGAAGAACAUUGCUUUAUUGCAAGAAUCAUUGGACAAGGCAAACCAGAAGAUCACAUUGUUCAAGAGACAAUUACAAGAAGUGGAGGGUGUAUCCAGUCAGAGUGUAACCCGCGUGCGUCGCUUCCAGAGAGAAUUGGAAGCUGCUGAGGACCGCGCUGAAACUGCCGAAAGCAAUCUUUCCCUCAUCCGAGCCAAGCACCGCACUUUCGUUACUACAAGCUCUGUACCUGGCUCACAAGUUUACCUGGUCCAGGAGAGUCGAACAACCGAAAUGUAAUCAAGCGUCACACGAAAUAUUGAUAUUUAAGUUUUACUGGAUGUUACUUGCUGACUCCAACUUAUUGAAAAUAGGCUGUACUGACUACUGAUCCAAGUAAAGUUGUUUGAAUAGUUAAUACCAAUAAUGUAUGUAGUAACAUCCUAUUAACUAAGUUGUGUCUCAUAUCAUUUUAUCAUUUUUAUUUGGCAUAUACUGUUCUCGAAUAAAUGAAUAAAUAAAUUGGAAUUUCAA